AUGGACUUCGAAGACGAUCGGUCGACAGAUGAUGGCUCCGAAUACAAUGUAUUAGAUGACACCGAGGAAGAAGAAUGGUGGAGGGAAGAUGAGAGCGAAGAUCUGGAUUAUGAACAGGACAUCGAAGAUUACGAGUAUACCACCUCCGGUGACACGUCACGAACGCUGAAGAUUCGGCUCUUUUGGACCGAUGAUGACGAGUUCAAGUGGAUGAAAAACUUUGUCGCCGAAUGCACUUGCGACGGCGUCGCUGUCGCCACCGCUCUGGCUCGGUAUAUUGACCGAGAGGGUAUACGCCCUGAAUUCUGGGAACAGAUGGAAGAGCCUAGCGAGGAAACGUGCGGCGUGGCCUUCUAUGUCUUUGAUCGAUAUGGAACAGUCAAGCCCAAGUAUAAGGAGCAUCCAGUGCAAAGAGGAACGGGUGUAUGGGGAAACGAGCUUGAUCAUGGCCCUCUUUUCCUAAUUGAAAAAGUUCAUGUUAUAGCACUGGAACUACGUCGGAAAGGGUUGGGGCAGAAAAUAGUGUCCUUACUUUUGAACAAAGCCAGACUGUUCUGCCUAGGCAAGAAGGGAGACGGCGAAGACGCAGAUCUUAUCUACGGUUCUAACGAGGCCUUUAAGCGAGUAUGGACUCUAUAUGCUCUAGUCAGUCCCGGAAUACUAACAGCUGAUACCGAAUCGCGGGUAGUGGGCAAGUCCGCAGAGGAACGCUUGAUGAUAUAG